AUGACAGAAACAAAGAGCGAAGCGGUGAAGCGCAGGCGAUUGCCAGCCGCGAAACUCGCCAAGCUUGCGCCUGAGAAUGAGAGAUAUGUGCGAGCAUGCGCAGACAUUGCAAAUAGCCUGGUCGAAGACUACGAGAAAUCACAAAUUUCUGGCACAGUGAAGAAAGACAUCAAUUUGAACUCACUGCGCGGUCAAUUUGCGAAGAAACACUUUUUGUCCCGUCAGCCGCCACUCACAGAUAUCAUCGCAGCAGUGCCAGAACAGUAUAAAAAGUAUAUCCUUCCUAAACUCAUUGCGAAGCCAAUUCGGAGCGCAAGUGGCAUAGCGGUCGUGGCUGUUAUGUGCAAGCCUCACCGAUGUCCACAUAUCGCCUACACCGGCAACAUAUGUGUAUAUUGCCCUGGUGGACCGGACUCCGACUUCGAGUAUAGCACUCAAUCAUAUACUGGCUAUGAGCCUACCAGCAUGCGUGCCAUCCGUGCGAGGUAUGAUCCAUUCGAGCAAGCACGUGGCAGAGUCGAUCAGAUCAGAAGUCUCGGACAUAGUGUUGACAAAGUGGAGUAUAUCAUCAUGGGCGGGACUUUCAUGUCUCUGACUCCAAAAUAUCGAGAAGAGUUCAUUUCCCAGCUUCAUAAUGCGCUCUCAGGCUAUCAAACCAACGACGUUGAUGAAGCAGUUGUCGCAGGCGAGCAGAGCACCACAAAAUGUGUAGGAAUCACAAUUGAAACCCGACCAGAUUAUUGUUUACCUCCACACCUGACGGACAUGCUCCGAUACGGAUGCACUCGGCUCGAGAUCGGAGUCCAGAGCUUGUAUGAGGAUGUGGCUCGGGACACAAACCGUGGGCACACUGUGAAAGCUGUGUGCGAAACUUUUUGUCAAGCCAAAGACGCUGGAUUCAAGGUCGUGUCACACAUGAUGCCGGAUCUGCCGAAUGUUGGUCUGGAACGAGAUCUAUUCCAAUUUCAAGAAUAUUUCUCGAACCCUGCCUUUCGUACCGAUGGUCUGAAGAUCUAUCCAACCCUCGUUAUUCGUGGUACUGGUCUUUAUGAGCUUUGGCGGACGGGUCGAUACAAGAACUACACGCCAAAUGUUCUGAUUGAUAUCGUCGCUCGAAUCCUCGCAUUGAUCCCUCCAUGGACCCGCAUAUAUCGUGUGCAGCGCGACAUUCCUAUGCCAUUGGUGACAAGCGGAGUUGAAAAUGGAAAUCUACGGGAGCUGGCUCUCGCUCGGAUGAAAGACUUUGGAACAACUUGUCGAGAUGUGCGGACCCGGGAGGUUGGCAUCAACGAAGUCAAAAACAAAAUUCGACCUAAUCAAGUCGAGCUUGUCCGACGGGAUUAUGUUGCCAACGGCGGCUGGGAAACCUUCCUAGCAUACGAAGAUCCUAAGCAAGACAUAUUGAUUGCGUUGUUGCGCCUACGGAAAUGUAGCGAGAGAUACACUUACCGCGAAGAACUCGUCUCUCAGCCUUCAAGUUUGGUGCGCGAGCUCCACGUAUAUGGCUCUGCGGUACCGAUCCACGAGCGUGUGAAGGGGAAGAGCCAGCAUCAAGGUUACGGCACGUUACUCAUGGAAGAAGCUGAGCGCAUUGCUAGAGACGAGCAUGGCAGCGAGAAGAUAGCCGUGAUUUCUGGCGUUGGCGUCCGCGGGUACUACAAACGUCUCGGGUACUGGCUCGACGGGCCAUACAUGAGCAAGUGGCUCAACAAGGCGGACCAUGGCGAGAGUGAUGAUGAGAGCUGA